GGCCCCGCGAUUCAAAGUCCUGCCUUUCAGUCGAUCCCGGCUUUGGCGCCAGAACAAGCUCCCGACAGCACUGUACAGCCCCCCUGAAAGCUCCAGCCCACAGCGGCUCAGCGCAGACAUAAACCCCUCUUCUCCCCCACACGCCUCGAGAAAUCCAAGGCCACUUCACGCAACAACUCCCACAAGCGCAGCCAUGGCGGAUCUCCAAGGACGCAAAGUAUUCAAGGUCUUCAACCAGGACUUUGUAGUUGACGAGCGCUACACCGUCACCAAGGAGCUUGGCCAGGGAGCGUAUGGAAUUGUUUGCGCCGCGGUCAACGGACAGACCAACGAGGGCGUCGCCAUCAAAAAGGUCACCAAUGUCUUCAGCAAGAAGAUCCUCGCCAAGCGCGCCCUGCGCGAGAUCAAGCUGCUGCAGCACUUCCGCGGCCAUCGCAACAUCACAUGUCUCUAUGAUAUGGAUAUACCGCGACCAGACAACUUCAACGAGACAUACCUCUACGAGGAACUGAUGGAGUGCGACCUGGCGGCUAUUAUUCGUUCCGGCCAGCCACUUACAGAUGCCCACUUCCAAUCCUUUAUUUACCAGAUCCUCUGCGGCCUCAAGUACAUCCACUCCGCCAACGUUCUCCACCGAGACUUGAAGCCGGGCAAUCUGCUUGUGAAUGCCGAUUGCGAGUUGAAAAUCUGCGAUUUCGGCCUUGCUCGUGGCUUCUCUGUCGAUCCCGAGGAGAAUGCCGGGUAUAUGACUGAGUAUGUUGCCACGAGAUGGUACCGUGCGCCAGAGAUUAUGUUGAGCUUCCAGAGCUACACAAAAGCUAUUGAUGUAUGGUCUGUGGGCUGCAUUCUUGCUGAGCUCCUGGGAGGCAGACCAUUCUUCAAGGGUCGGGACUAUGUCGACCAGCUGAAUCAGAUUCUGCACAUUCUCGGAACACCAAACGAGGAAACCCUCCGUCGCAUCGGAUCGCCUCGAGCCCAAGAAUACGUCCGCAACCUACCAUUCAUGCCAAAGAAGCCCUUCCCAGCUCUGUUCCCCGAUGCUAACCCCGACGCCCUCGAUCUUCUCGACAAAAUGCUUGCCUUUGAUCCUUCGCAGCGUAUCAGCGUCGAACAGGCCCUCGAGCACCCGUACCUUCACAUAUGGCACGAUGCGUCUGAUGAGCCCGACUGCCCCACGACGUUCAACUUCGACUUUGAGGUGGUUGAGGAUGUUGGUGAAAUGCGAAAGAUGAUUCUGGACGAAGUUUUGCGUUUCCGACAACUUGUGCGAACAGCCCCUGCUUCUGGCAACCAAGCCGCCGCUCAGCAGAUACAAGUCCCAAUGCCCCAAGCUGGCGGCCAAUGGACGGCAGAAGACCCGCGACCGCAGGAAUACAUGGGCCACGCCAAUGGGCUUGAGCAGGAUCUUGCAGCAGGCAUGGACAUUCGGAGAUAAAUGCGUUGAAAGCAAUCAAGUUACAGUUUAGCAUGCAUGUCUAUUGGUGUUUGAAACAAGAGUUAUAAAGAAGUCUAUGUCAAGAGGCUCCAUCCAUCACCCAUGGAUUUACAGCGGGACAGAAGAGCGAAAAUACAAGAGAGGGGAGUUGAUUUAUUGGGAAGCCAGUUUGCCGACGUUGGAAACGGCCAAAAUGUGUGUGUUGAAAUGGAGCGAAACUUGGGACGAAAACUGGAUAUCUACAAUACACUCUCCAUAGCCCAUCCGAGCAUAAUUUUCUGAAUGAUUAAUACAGCCUCUGUACCCAUGGUCUGCUCCUUGUUG